UCCACCUCCAGGACAUAUCACUUCAGGGUAGCCGGUCUCCGUCUGCCGUCAGGAAGACCAUGGAAGGCCAAGGGAUGCGCCUUGCCCUGUGCCUCCUCACAUUCUCCCUGCUCAUGCAGAUGAUUUCUGGUGACAUACAUUUUAAAGGACUCAGAAAACAACUGUGUGAAAGUGGAUAUCUUGGAGCAAUGUGCAACCACCCUGUCAAGAAGGGAUCCUGUGCCUUGGCUGUGUUCAGAUACUACUUCAACAAGAUAACGUCCUUAUGUGAACCCUUUGUCUUCUCUGGCUGUGAGGGCAACAGGAACAACUUUAAAACUAAAUACCUCUGCGAGUUCUAUUGCGUUUUUAAACAGAAGGACUAAUCCAAAACCAGGCAGCCAAUCAGUAAGCGAAAGCAAACAGAGGGUGAGAAAAAUGAUGCUGAAACUGUGCCAAGUGAAUAAAGUUGAAAUCUCUGACAACAUUCAGAA